UUCCCGUUGGCUGCUCUUGAUGAUGUCAUCAAUGUGCGCCCCGUUCCUUCAUUCUGUCGUGUUUUCCGUGAGGCAUUAAUCUGUUAGAAGCUUUUGUUCCACCUGCAGCGUGCUGUUAACCCGCUGGUCGUGUUUUCUGUGGUCACACCGGGAAGUGUUAGCUGAACCUGGGCAUGGAGGCCGCGGAGGAGAAGACGGGCUCCAUCUCUGCGGCUCAGCUCCGGGCGGAGAAACGGAGAAGGAAACUGCUGCUCAACUCGGAGGACAGAAUGAACAGAAUCGUUGGAUUCGCUAAAAACGAGCCGGAUCACAGCGCAGCCGCCCUGCGUCCCGCCGAACCGCGCUUCCACCUGGAUCUGGACAGGUCAGAGCCGUGGUCCUCGCCUUCGCCCAGGCCGCCUCCCUUCCUGUCGGAGGCGCCGGGCGUCCGCUCCCACACCGCCACGCCGGAGAGGCGGGGCUCCCCGCUGCCGGACUUCGGCCAGCCUCGCAGGGCGUCUCUGGAGGGCGACGUCGGAGGACUCCGCCACAGAGCGAAGGCGGAGCGGCCAUCAGACGAGGCCGGCGGCUCGCCGCGCCCAGGCCUCCAUCAGUACUUAUCUCGCUUCGAUGACGCCAUGAAGCUUCGGAGCCAGCUGGCCAAUGAGAAGCCGGAGCAGGACGGCGGUUCUGACGUAGAGGAGUUCGAUCCGUUUCGGGUCUUCCGGCUGGUCGGCAGCGUCCUCCUCGCUGUUUUCGUCAGAGUUUUCGUCUGCAAGUAUCUGUCAAUAUUUGCUCCAUUUCUGACUCUUGAACUUGCCUACAUGGGAUUGUCAAAAUACUUCCCAAAGGUGGAGAAGAAAACCAAAACCACGGUUCUGACAGCCGCCCUGCUGCUGUCCGGCAUCCCGGCCGAAGUCAUCAGCCGCUCCAUGGACACCUACCGCAGGAUGGGCGACGUCUUCUCCGACCUCUGCGUCUACUUCUUCACCUUCAUCAUCUCCCACGAGAUCCUGACGCUCUUCGGCUCAGAGACGCCCUGACAGAACAAAACCACACCUUCUUCUUCUUCUUCUUCUUCUUCUUCUUCUUCUUCUUCCCCCUCCUCAUACCGAUGAGGCUUACUCGUUUGCGCCCCCUGUUGUUUACAUUCUGCUGCCUUAUGUUGAGGGCUGCACCCCCUGGAUGGGCUCUUCAGCUCUAAUUGGAGUCCAGUGUCUAAACCUGCAUGUUGAUUUUACUGCUUACAGAAACUCUGGAAGAGGUUUCAUGUUUUGACUUUGUUUGCAUACCAGGUCCAUGCUCUACAGAACACUGUAAAAAACAGAAUCUGACCAAGUAUUUUUCAUCUAGUUUCCAGUACAAACAUUUGAACCAUUUGAAUUUAUACAAAACUAACUUACAAGUAAGUUUUCAGAAGCUUGUUUCGAGUAAAUAAUUCCUUAAUUUCGAUGAAAACGUUCCAGUUACACUGGCAGAUUAUUUAACUUAAAACUACAUUUUCCGUUAAGAGCAAUUAAGCAUUUUGACAUAAUAUGGAGCCAUUAUGAAGAGAUGCUGCACUGCAAAAACACUAAAUCUUACCAAGUAGUUUUAGUGCAAAUGUCUCAAGUGUCCUUGAAAUAAGACAAAACUAGCAAUAAACUGCA